AUGGAAAAUUUGUUUCGUCUUGUUGAUCAUGAAGAUUUCUUCUCUCGUAGAUGCAUUUGGGUUAAUGGUCCGGUCAUAGUUGGGGCUGGACCAUCAGGGCUAGCCACAGCUGCUUGCCUUAGAGACCAAGGGGUGCCCUUUGUUGUCCUUGAAAGAGCUGACUGCAUUGCUUCUUUGUGGCAAAAACGCACCUAUGAUAGGCUUAAGCUUCACCUUCCUAAACAAUUCUGCCAACUUCCUAAAUUACCAUUCCCUGAAGACUUCCCUGAGUACCCCUCAAAGAAACAGUUCAUUCAAUAUCUUGAAUCAUAUGCAAAUCAUUUCGAGAUCAACCCAAAAUUCAAUGAGUGUGUGCAAUCAGCUAGAUAUGAUGAGACCAGUGGCUUCUGGCGGGUCAAGACCGUUUCCACUAGCGGCACAACCAGAACUGAGGUUGAGUACAUUUGCAGGUGGCUUGUGGUGGCUACUGGUGAAAAUGCUGAGCGUGUUAUACCAGAAAUUGAAGGAUUGGCUGAGUUUGGUGGUGAAGUUAUUCACGCUUGUGAUUACAAAUCCGGCGAAAAAUUUAAGGGAAAGAACGUACUAGUCGUCGGUUGUGGCAAUUCUGGCAUGGAACUUUCCCUUGAUCUCUGCAACCACAAUGCCACUCCAUCAAUGGUUAUUCGCAGCUCGGUUCAUGUCUUACCAAGAGAAACCUUUGGGAAAUCAACAUUUGAAUUGGCAGUCUUGAUGAUGAAAUGGCUACCUCUCUGGCUUGUUGACAAGCUUUUGUUGAUUUUUGCAUGGUUUGUGCUCGGAAACAUUGAGAAAUAUGGGCUAAAGAGGCCAUCAAUGGGUCCAUUACAACUCAAGAACACUAAGGGAAAGACCCCUGUACUGGACAUUGGUGCUCUAGAGAAAAUCAGAUCCGGUGAUAUUAAGGUGAUUCCUGGAAUCAAAAGGUUUUCAUGUGGUCAAGUUGAACUUGUUAAUGGUGACAAGCUUGAUGUUGAUUCAGUUGUCCUAGCUACCGGAUACCGCAGCAAUGUUCCUUCUUGGCUUCAGGAAACUGAAUUCUUCUCAAAGAAUGGAUUCCCGAAGGCACAAUUCCCAAGUGGGUGGAAAGGAAAUGCUGGUCUCUAUGCAGUUGGGUUCACAAGGAGAGGGCUCUCCGGUGCAUCCUCUGAUGCCGUCAGAAUAGCACAAGACAUUGGCAAGGUCUGGAAACAAGAAACUAAACAGCAGAAAAAGAAAACAAUCGCUUGCCAUAGACGAUGCAUUUCACAGUUUUAA